AGUUGACGUUUCGAAAAUGUAUAUUUCAUUCAAUAUUAUUAUUUGGCAGUCAUUAAAGUUCAACAAGACAAUAUUUUUGAAAAUAUGAGGAACUUCUUAGCAUGUAUUGUGAUAAAUAAUGUCUGCAAACGUUUUUCAUCUUCAUUGGUGAAAUACCAUGCCCCACCGGAAUAUAUAUCAAGACUUCGGGAAUGUUAUCGCCUGGAGGAGUACAAGAAAAUAGUUGUUCCAAUAUUUAAAAAAGCUCUAUUGUAUGGAAAUCGCGUAGCAGUGGCAGAUACUACCGGGGAGUAUUCAUACCUGCAGCUGUACAUGAACUCCAAGAGACUGUCAAAACAGAUUUCGAAUAUAUGUGGAAGUGGGUCUAGUUCUUCCGUGGGAUGUUUCGGCUCCAAUGACGUUUUAACAAUUUUGAACUUAUGGGCCUGUUGGAUUUCCGGUCAAGUUGCAAUACCAUUAAAAUCAACUUGGAAAUUUGAAAAUCUACAAGAAAUAAUAAUGGAAUCUAAAAUUAAACUAUUAAUUACUUCCAAGGACGCCAGGGAGGUGGCUCAAAAGCUAGCCAAAUCACAAGAAAUUGUUUUGAUUACCGUGGACUACGAUUUCGCCAAAAAUCAAAGCUAUUCCUUUAAUUUCAAUCGUGAAAUAUUUAUGGCCGAUAAAUUGGUAGUUUUUGAAGGGCUAUUGCAAAAUAAUUUCUACACGAAUGCUGAUGCUAUGAAAAUUUACUCUAUAGAUGGCGCGGAAGAUGAUAAGAAAUUGCAAAACUAUAUUUUGACUCAUAAUCACAUUAAUUCGGAAAUGAAAGAUAUUGCCAAUGUCUGGAAUAUAUCGGCAAAUGAUCGCAUUUUGAAUAUAUUACCCUCCUUCAAUACCAAUAGCUUUGUGAGCAAUCAAAUGUUCCCCCUCAUAUUGGGUAGUACCUUACAAAUUCACUAUCCAUUUGAUCCUGUCAAAGCCUGGUCCAUCAUUUUGGGUAUUAAUGUUCCAGUAAAAGAUCGUAUAAAUCUAGUAGUAGCGGAAAGCAAAAUUUUCGAUUUGCUCAUAAUGGAACAUGAACGGAUAUUUUCCAAGGAUAGCCGUAUGGUGGAAUACAUCAGGGAUUAUUGUACCAAACAUAUACACCUAAUGAUAUGCUGUGGCAACAAUUUGUCAGUUUCUACCUUUUCGAAAUGGUUUGGCAUCACGGGUCAUUCAUUGUUUGAAAAUCAUCAUAUAACAAAAUACAAAUCGAAAUUGAAAGAACUUCAACCUGAGAAAGAAAAACAAAGCAACGCCAACUUGCCGAACACAAUUUUACCGGAAUGCAAAUUUCGUAUCAUUGAUUCGGAAAAUAACGUACUAAUGGAGUCUUAUGGUGAUUCCAUAAUGGCACAUUAUAAACAGGUCUCUGGAACACUUAUUGGCCAUUUGUGGAUUUCAUCACCAGGUCAAGAUACUUUCAUUGAUUCUGGUAAAAUCGUAUCCUACGAAAACGGGAAUAUCGUUGUUUUGGGUCCAUCCAAUAAAAGCAAGCAGCAGUAAUGGAAUAUGUACAUAAAUGCGGCAAAUACGAUUGUUAAUAUAUUAUGCUGUUAACCCGUUUUAAGUUGGUUUUAGUUGUUGCUUCAAAUAAAAAUUAGAAUAUUAUAAAAGCAAAA